CAGGCUUGUAAUCUCCUCAAACAGCAUGAACAGCAUUCAGAAUGAUCGCCUUUGGGGCUCCACCUUAGUCCAUUCAGAUUUCAGAAUAUUCAUACACUGUAGCUCUGCCUCUGCAUGUAUCAUAAGUGAGGUAUGAAAGUGCGAAGCAAAAAGUUUAAGACACCAAGUUGUUCGAGCUGUCCUGUGUGGAUUUGAAUUGUUGGUACUCUGCAAUCUAGGUGGAGUAUUCUGCCACAUGAGAUACAGAAGUAGCCUCAGUAAGGAACAAAGACAGCAGAUAAUUGAGUUACAAAGGAUUAACUUUGUUCCCUAAAUUCUGCUCACUUUGUUCCAAGUAUAUAUGACAUGUAUACUAUGUACUUUGAUCCUGGUCUCUCUAUUUCUCAUAUGGAGUUUCCGUCUCAGCAUGAAACAAGGUUAAGUAAUAUUUGACUUGUUUCUGCUGCAGUUUUGUCAGUUACGGGGAGUAUUCAAGGUCUGGAGAGAGGCAAUGGGAAGUUCAGAGUGAUUUGUACAUCUACUGGAGGCAGACCACUGACAAUGUCUGUCACUGAACCAUCUGGUGUUGUAGAGAAUAUGAUGAACAUUAAUGAAAAUGGAAGUGUGGAGUGGAUAGGCAGUGAUACUUUUUCAGCAGAGGUUAAUAGGACAAAUGGAACUCAUGGAGAUGUGUAUGGUUGUAUGGCAUCUAAUGUAGUGUCUAAUGCUUCACACAGUUUCUCUCUGAAAGUUGCUGGGAGUCCAACUCUAAUGUUAGUAGUACAGAUAUCAGCUACGUCAGUGAUAGUGGAGUGGAGUCAGCCAUCAGGAGGAGCCACAGUGACUGGAUAUGUAGUACACUACAGUCAUGGAGACGACAACAUGACUGAGGAUGUACCUGCAACCUCCUCCAGCUACAUUAUAACAAAUCUAACUAGCUGUUACAGCUACACAAUUUCAGUUGAGGCCACCUCAGAGCAUGUUUCAGGAAUAUCAGAGAGGUUUACACUGAUAGCAGGUGCCUCGUUAUUUGUGAAUGUCACAGCUGAAGCAGUGAGUUCAACAGUCAUCUCAGUCCAAUGGGACCACCUGAGUGCCUGCAGUCCAGUCAGUCAUCUGUCUGAAAUAUUUAUGGUUCAUUACACUGCUGUAUCAAGUGGUGUUAUGGAUAAAACCAGUGAACUCAUCGUAUCAUCAACUGAGGCAAUGUUGACUGGACUUACCCCAUACACCAACUACUCCAUUAAAGUAGCGGAAGUUAGUGAGAUGGGAAACGUGGGACCAUGCAGUUACCCCAUCACUAUGCAGUCUGACGAAGAUGUUCCAGGUCCAGUAGGUGCAGUCACAGCAUCUCCCUCUCCGUCUCAAGUAACCCUGACAUGGGAGCCACCACUGAUGCCUAAUGGAAUAAUCAUAGCAUAUGAGGUUUCCUACAGACAAACAGCUUCCUCAGAGCCUGAGACUAGAGUGAACUCCUCAGCUCUGGCCACUAAUUUCACCACAGAGAGCAACCUUGAGGAGGCCACUGAAUUCAUCUUCUCUGUGAGAGCCUACACCAGAGUGGGACCUGGAAAUGCCUCCUCUCUUACUGUGGCUACUCUUGCUGCUGAGUCAAUUCCAACUUUAAUCAAGACUGCUGUUAUAGUUGGAAUUGGAAGUGGUGCAGCAUUAAUUGGAAUCAUUAUUUUUGGAAUUUCUAUUGCCUGCAUUGUGUUCAAAAGAUCACAUCACAGAGCCAGGCCAAUAUUGUACACAGAGGAUAAUCCAGCCUAUGGUGUAACUCUGGGUGUGAGAUACAAACCAUCAAGAAGGACAGAUUCAUCACCUACCCAUACACAGGAGCCUGUGUAUGAUACAAUCAGUUAGUAACAUGACUUCACCUGUAAUUUCGUUUAAGAGAGCAUCUUUGUCUCUCUUUACAUAAUGGAGUAUGUUAUAUGCAUAAAAUAGCUGGCUACAAACCUG